GUUCCAAGCCAAAACCAACCACAUCAUGCACAAGCUGUUUGUAUUCUUCGUCUUCGCCUUAGUGGCCGCCUUCAUGAUCGCCGGCGCCCAAUCGAAUUGCCUCUCAGACGGCGCCGACUGCCAAUCAGAUGGAUCCAUCGGCAACUGUUGCUCUGGGUUCUGCUUACAAUUCGUUGAACCGGGAUUACACGCAACUCCUGGAACCUGCACUUACAAAUCUUAAACGCUCCCCUGCUGAUCAUUACCUCCUCCGAUAUGGAUCCUCAACCCAUCUGAAACUUACUAAGUUUAAAACCAUGUUACACAUAUUUCUCCUGAGUUCUUUUGCUCACACCCUUGUUCCUUCAAUAUGUGACAAUUUGUAUAUAAUACUUUUACAUUUCGAUUAAUGAAUAAAUUAAGGCCAACCAAAAA